AUGACUGAAGAAAAAGAGGUAGUCCCUGAAAGCAAUGGCCAAGAGAAUAAUAAAGAAAACAAUGCAGAAGAAGAAACUGACCUGGAAAUGGCCAUUAUCCGCCAAGUGGAAUAUUACUUCGGUGAUGUUAACUUGCCGAGAGAUAAAUUCCUAAGAGAACAAGUAAAGUUGGAUGAUGGCUGGAUACCAUUAGAUGUACUCAUAAAGUUCAACCGCCUCGCCAAAUUAUCAACAGACAUAGAAGUAAUAGUCAAUGCGCUCAACAAAUCUUCAUCUGGUUUACUUGAGCUGUCAGAUGAUACCAAAAAAGUGAGACGAAAUCCUGAGCUACCAAUACCAGAAAUGAAUGAAGAAAGACGCAAAGAACUAGCUGCCAGAACCAUCUAUGCUAAAGGUUUCCCAAAGGACUCCAAUUUAGAUGACCUUCUAAAGUAUUUUAAGCAGUUCGAUGAAGUGGAAAACAUAAUCAUGAGAAGAUAUCAGGACCGACAAACAAAGAAACGGCUUUUUAAAGGAUCAGUCUUUGCCACAUUUAAGACUAAAGAACAGGCUGAAAAGUUCGUUGAGACAAAAGGUUUGAAAUACAAUGAUGCUGAACUUAUAAUUCUUUGGCAAGAAAACUAUCUGCAGCAAAAGCAAGAAGAGUAUGCCUCCAAGAAAGAGAAGAAAGACAAAAAACAUAAACAAAAAGAGCAAAAGGAGGAGAAAGACGACUUCAAGCUACCAAUUGGAACAGUGUUGCACUUUAGCCAAGGUCAUGAUAAAAUGUCACGAGAAGAUGUUAAAGAAGCUCUAACACCUCUAGGUGGCGAAAUUGCCUACAUUGACUUUAAAGUGGGUGAUACUGAAGGCUGGGUGAGAAUGGCCAAAGAAAAUGUAGCGAAAGAAGUGGCGGAAAAAAUAACAGAUGGCAAAAUAAAGAUUGGCGAUUCAGAAGUAGUCUUCCGUGUGCUCGAAGGCGAUGAGGAAACGACUUACUUGGAGAAAACUGUAGAAGAAAUGUCCAAACGACGCAAAAAUAUGAAGAACUUUAAACAAAAUAAGAACAAGAAUUUCAAAGGAAAACAAGGUAGAAAGAGAAAGCAAGGCCACCAUGAGGACGCCCCACCGAGUAAAGUCAAAGCUGACAGU